AUAUUUUCAUUUAAAAAAAUAAACAGUGAUAUAAACCAAAAGUAGACGGAAUCGGAUAUUAGUCGGUGAUCGCCGGCGAAAAACAGAUGGUAAAGGAAGCGCAAGAGUACGUGUGGGAAGGUGCAAUUCCCCUUCAAAUUCAUCUUCACGAUUCUGAAGUCACCACUUUACCCCCUCCUCAACCUGCUCUUAUACUGGCUCCUCGGAUUGGGUAUCUACCUCUGUUAUCUCCACAAUUGAAGCCGUUUUUCAGUACCGCGCUUCCUCCUGGAAUAGACACUAUCUGGUUUGAGUACAAAGGAUUGCCCCUUAAAUGGUAUAUACCAACAGGAGUCCUUUUUGAUCUUCUUUGUGCUGAACCAGAAAGGCCUUGGAAUUUGACGGUACAUUUUAGAGGAUACCCAGGCAAUGUGUUGAUUCCUUGUGAUGGAGAAGAGAGUGUGAAAUGGAGCUAUAUUAAUGCAUUAAAAGAGGCUGCAUAUAUAAUUCAUGGGAGCAGCAAGAAUGUCAUGAACAUGUCUCACCCUGAUCAGGUUGAGCUAUGGCGCUCUGUAAUGAAUGGUAAACUGCAGGCCUACAACCGCAUUUCCCAUAAACUUAAACUUGGAAUAGUUUCGGACGAAUUUUCUGGAAAACCCAAGCUGUUUCCUUUCAAACCUCAGCAGAGUCUUAAUGAGACAGAGGCAACUCCAGCACUGAAAGCAAGUAGAGUUCCUGUACGCUUGUACCUCUGGACUGUUGAUCAAGAUUUUAAUGAUUUGGAUGCAGCACCACAUUUUGAUAACUGGGACCAAAUUUCAUAUAUUAACCGGCCCGUUGAGAUUAAUGUAGAAGAAAAGCACUUCACUUUGCUUGAUGCAGUGAAAUCAAUUCUGCCAGAAUUUUACUCCGAUUUCUCAAACAAAACCAGAUCAGAACUCAUGGAGAAACCAGAAGAUGAGGAGAAAGAGGAAAUAGUAAAAAGCCAAUUCCUAUCAGGUCAAUCGGUGAUUAAACUCCUGCGUAUUCAAGGCAUUGAACCCAAAAUGGAAAUUCCAUUUUCUUGGGUGGUCAACAACUUAAUGAACCCAGAUUACUUCAUUCAUAUGUGCCUUUACAUCAAGACUCCUAAACCAAAUGAUAUGUGACGUGUCAAUUUAUGUAAAACACCCCCUUGUUUUCAUCAGGUUUAUAUGUCUAAUCAAUUAAAAAUCGUAAGUCAAACUGUCCAACAUAUAUAAAGAUGUUUGGUGGAGUAAUUCUUUCCUUCUGACAUGGUGAAAGAGUUAUGUUUUCCAUAUUAGGGUUGAUUUAGCAGCUUGUUUUUAUUUUUGAACAGCAGCUUGUGUUUUGUUCUAUUAAAAUGAAUGACAAGAGGCUUCUAUAUGUUCUUUGGACA